AGACGUGGCGUCAAGAAACUGUUUGGUUGGGUCGAAGAUUGUGAAGCUGGGAGAUUUUGGAAUGACGCGGCCAGUAUUCGAUUGCGAUCACUACAAGUUCAGAAGAAAAGAUGGUCCAGGAAUGCUGCCGGUACGAUGGAUGGCGCCGGAAAGCCUGGCGCUGGGCGUUUUCUCGGCGGCGUCCGACUGCUGGUCGUACGGCGUGCUGCUCUACGAGAUCACCACAUUCGGCAGCUUUCCCUUCCAGGGCAUGACCAACAACGAGGUGCUCGACCACGUCAAGUCCGGCAAAACCUUGCAAAUACCCAAGAAGGUCAAGCCGCAUCUCGAGGGCUUGAUAUCAUCAUGCUGGCACAUCGACCCGAAGCGACGCCCGCCAGCGUCCGAGAUUGUCGUGUUCCUAGCCAACCACCCGAAGCUGAUCACACCCUGUCUGGACGUGCCUCUCAGCUCGGUGCAGAUUGAGCACUCGGACACAUUCCCGCCUCCACCCGGGGGCGGCGGUGGCGGGGUCGGUGGAGUUGGUGGCCAGUCGGCACUGCGCAACCGAGUCGGCGCAUCGCGAAACCGAUCAGUGACGUCACUCAUGUCCAAUGGCAGCGCUGCACCUCCGCCUCUCGCUCCGCGCCGCAGUCUCACCUGGAUCGAGUCGAUGAUGAUGAAGCAUCCUGCGUCGCCGCAGGAGCCGCAGCCGACGGUGGACGGAUAUGUGGACGUGACGCAGCCGCAGCCGCAGCCGCAGACUCGAGUCUGGCCGAAUCCCAUUGAAUGGCAGCAGGAGGAGGAACAGCAGCCGAGUCACGUGGACAACCAGCAACUCGUGUGGGAUGACAGUUUGACGAGGGAACCGCUCUUGCCGCCGACUAGCAAUGGCGGCGCGAGGGUUGUGGCCGGCGGGGGUGGUGGAGGAGGGGGGAAAGAGGAGUGCAGGUACGUAGCGAUGAUGCGAGUGACGCCGGUCAACGGCGACAGUCACCUGGCCUAUGUUCCCAAACAGCUGAUUGGACCCGGUCUAGUGUUGGAUGACCAACUGUGAUUGGCUGCCAUGCAAUUGACAAGUGUUGCAACUGCUCUAUUUCAGCGAACAGGGCGGGGCUUAGAUUGAAGCAUAGAGAAAAUAUAGCUUAUGCUAUCCUUUUCUCUAUGAUUGAAGUUAUUCGGAACUUGUUGACUGGUAUCGAAUUGAACCAUUUUCGAUUCAAAAUUCAAUUCAAUCCAUGAAAAUCUCUUGCCUAUUUUAGAAACAUGGACAGGUUCCACCCACUUUUUCGCCUACUUCUCUAAAGCCCUUUUGCACAGAAGCCAGUUGAAUUUUAAUCGUAAUGAAUUACACACGAAAACCUCGAAUUUCAUUUUCUCGCCUUCUCUGAUUAGUUCUCGUGCGAUUAAUCACAAUUAAAAUUUAACCGGCUUCUGUGCAACCGGGCGCCUAAACGUCUAAAGAUCCGGGCACACAGAGAGAAAUAUGCGAUCCUAUAUAUCUAUCUUCAUAUAUAGAUAUAGUUCAUCUGUGGGAUCGCAGAUCGCUCAAUGUGUGGCCGGAACCUAAAGGCAGCCAGGGCUCUUCCACAAAUUAUUUUUGCCAUGAUUGCUGCUUUAUACACUUGCAACAUCAUGUGGAUCCCAGCAACCUUUUGUGUUCUAUAUCUAAUAAUGCAACAAUAAAUCUAUCUGUAUGUACUAGGAAAGAUUUAGGUCCAUAUUACAUUGAACAACAGGUGGGACACCAACGAGACACCAGUGUGUGAAGCUAAAUGGGACACCAGUGAGACACCAAUGGUGUCCCAGCGGUGGGAUGUCUGGCGACUCUAAAACCUGGUGUCGGGUUAGUGUCCCGAGCGAGACACUAAAACCUGGUGUAAUGAUGUGAAGCCCUUGGCACUCUUGGUGUCCCAGCCUGGUCACCUAAUAUAAUACGGCCUCAUUACUCGAUCAGAUAACGUUUUUAAAAAUCACUGUAGUGGGAUUCACUUUAAUAAACCGUCAGCAUUAACAAUGCGGGAGCAUAACGUCAAUGUUUCUCAUUCAACAAAAUAAUUCUGACAAUUUAAAAAGAAUCUCACUAUAAUUUAUCGUAUUUUUGCCGGUGAAUAUUAUAGUGUUCGCAGAUUCAAAACACUUCUAACUUUUGUAUGUGCAUUGAGUGUAUUCAUUUUAAUUAUUAUAAUAUUUUAUAAUUUAUAUUUUGUGUAAAUUUCAAUAAUAUAUUCUCAUUUGUGUAUUUGCUUGUACAUAUUUGUAUUAUUUCUGAUGUGUAAACUUCAGAAUAACUUUUAUGAUAAUAAUUCAACUAUAUUGAUGAAAUUCGAUUUAUUUAUAGAUUCUGCUUAUACAUAUUUGUAUUAUUUCAGAUGUGUAAACUUCAGAAUAACUUUUAUGAUAAUAAUUCAACUAUAUUGAUGAAAUUCGAUUUAUUUAUAGAUUCUAUGAUCAUGCUAUUUUAAUGAACACAUAGCUUAAUAACUAUUAUUCAAAAAUUAGACUGUAGUGUUGUCAAAAUAGUUCAAAACUAAUUAUUAACUUACAGUUCGUCAUGGAUAGUAAAAUAGAUGAGACAUAUUAUAACAAUUAUAUUAUGUUGAAAAAUGAAUCUAUCAGUUUUCUUGCUCUAUAUCUAUAUGAUUCGAUCGUUGAUAUCACACGGUAUAUAGAAGAAGAUAUAUCUCGGUAUAUUUUCAUUUAAAUACCGUGGUUGGUAACAUAAUUAUUUCAUCAUGAAUAUUUCAAAGAAUGCACAUGACAAAAUAAUGCUCAAUUAUUACAAUAACUAUGAUUGUUGUAAUACAGACUGUACAGUUAGUUGAUCAAGUUUUGAUGACUUUGUUGUCAGAAAUGUUCAAUAAUGUAAACUCUUGCGUGCUAUUGCCUGCCACUGUGUUCAACAUUCAUGCGCCACUCUCGACAAAAGAUGACCUCAAGUGCUAUUUUAGCCAAUCACAGUUGAGUUUUUCGAAAAAUGUUUCAAAAUUUGCCUGUGGCUUCCACUGUUUUGGGAUUGGAUUGGAAGUGAUUUAAAUAUGACAGCAUAGUUGUUUUAAACGAUUAAUUUUUGGGAAAUCAAAAAGAAACUCUUGAGAGCACAUAAUUAAAAAUAUCCUGGACAAAACAAUAAUACAACAUUAAAAAUACGAAAAUACUGUGAAACUACCAAUAACGUACUUUUAGGGCCGUACUUUGAAAAACUAUGCCAAUUUUGGUUCAUUGCCUAGCAAACAAUCAGAUUGUUUUUAGUGUUUGGUUGUCAGACCAAACCUACUGUAGCUUUCGAGCUCGUUCAAAAGUUUAUUUAUUAAACUUCCAAUUGUACAAAACCAAUUUUACAACAAAAAAUAACAAUAGAAAAACAAAUACAGGUAAACUUUUUUGUACAUAGAUUGUCUUUGAAUGCGACUGUUUGGAAGCCUACUAAUGAAAAUAGUGCCUGAAAACAAUAGCUCUGAAGAGAAUUUUUCAAACCAUCUUUUGUCGAUUGUUUUGUCAUUUUCUAUCAAGUACGAUAAUCAGUUCAUAGUUUAAACUUCCUAGAUUCACUUUUAUGUACAGUUGUAAAUUAUCAACAUAGUUUAUAUUUAUUAUAUUGCUGAUUGAGACUGAUAUGAUUUUCCAAAGACUUGCUAUUGUGUAGAUGAUAGCCUACUGACUACGAAUAAUUCGAGUCAUUAUUGUGUAUUGGAGAGUUUAUUCUUAUAAUCAACAAUAGAAAUAGUUUUUAACGCUCUCGUUUGCCUGUGUAUCUCUGCUACGAAUGUAUUCAUGUUAGUUAUAAAUGUUAUUUAGGAAAUUAAUUAGAGAAAAAACUCUAUGAUAUGAGUUGGAAGAUGAAAAAUUGAUAGGUGUGAUGCAAAGAAGAAGAAGAAGGUAUCAAACAAUAUUGCGGUUGAGGAGACGGUAGUAAACAUGAGAAGAACAAUAUAUAGUAUUGUUUUACAUAGCAUGUAAUGCCAGUAGGUCUAUAUUGGUUUAAAUUUAUUUAUAUAAUAAUUAAAGAAAUAAAUUCAAAUAUGUCCCAAUUUUGUUUUUCAAGGUUUAGUAAAUUGUUUAAUAAAAUGUAUGUAUUCUGACUGUAUAUUCCAACCUAUUAAACUUGACGAUGACAAAUUAAUAUUAAGUUGCCAAGAUUCAUCAACUUAGUUCAAAAGGGAAGCUUUCCAUAGGGAUUUACUCCAUAUUAUCACAGCAUUGUUUGAAUAAUUGUUAGGAUUGAUGUUAUUUAUAAGAAAUGCUUUCAGUUUGAUGGGAAUAUCACUAUGAUAACUUUGAAUAUUUUCGUUUUAAGGUCCUUAGUAAUAAGCAGCACUUGUACCUGAUUAGUCUGUUACUUUCCCUUUAAACGAAUGUAUAUAAUAAUUAUGUUGAGUGUCGGCGUUUUGUAGUUCAUGACUUUAAGUCAUUUAUAACAUUUUAUUAUUUAGUUAUUUAGGAAUCCAAAGUUACGCAUUAUAAUCGUUCUGAAUCUUUGUUGUCGUAUUUAUGUUUGAGAAUUCACAAUUAGGAAUCAGGAUUGAUGAUGAUGUAUUCAUUAUAAACUUUUUUCAAUUAUACUGAUAACUCAUAUAAAAUCACAUGAUUUAUGAUACAUUCUUUAUAUUAUAUUAUAAUUAUUGUAAACUUAUAACCAUCAUAGACACGGGUAAAUUCUGCUCUCAAGUAUUCUUGGUGUAUAUGAUUCAAGUAAUUUCUGGAAGCCAUGAAUUUCAUAUGAUAUGUACAAUCAAUGUAGCCUAUGUAUUUUUAUAUUCAUAGCAAUAUAUAUUAUAGAUAUUGUAUCCAUGUUAUCAUCUAUUAAUUAACAACUACCAUUUCUUAUUAUUAUGGUAACAUACCUUUUCAAAUAUAUUUCAAUUGUGUUCUGUAUUAGUUUUCAUUUCAAGCCUACAUAAAUAAAAAUUGAACGAUUACUUGAUCAUUAUGUAACAGGUUUUCUACUAAUUUUAAUUAUUGGUAUUUUCAUUGAUGACCCACUAUACUACUGCAUCUAGUCAGGUAAUGGAGUUAUACAUUAUUUCUUCUGCGUUUUAUCUCACAACAAAUUCAAAUGAGUUUUUGUGAAGUAAGUUUUAAGAGACUUGAAAUGAAAAGUCAAGUUAUGAAUCAUUUGCUAGUAACUUUUUCAAUUGAUUACAGAUAGAUGUCGAGGUAUGUUACCUUUGAAAUUAUAGACAUAGGUUACCUUAUUACCGGCUCAAUUGUAGGAACUUAUUAUUGGUUAAUCUCACUCCCUUGAAAAUUGUAUAGAAAUAUUUUGAUCUAUGUAUUAGUGAUUAGAUUUCAGACUAGUGUGAAUCAUAAUUUUGUUUGAAUGUUCAUUCACUUGUACCUUGUAAGUAGAAUUUGUAAAUAGCUCAUUUCUAUUUAUUAAAAUUUGUUUUUUUAAAUUUA